AUGUUAAUUUGCCAUCGAGACAAUCCUACCAUAACAGGAAUUUGGCAUCAGUUGAAUAGGCACUUUGAGCUGAAGGACCUUGGACAUGUCUGCCACUACCUUGGUAUCGAGAUAGAGAGACCACGUCACGACUGUUUCCUGCUACAUCAGAAGAACAAAAUAGAUGCAUUGCUGGAGAAAUAUCACCUCAGUACUGCUAAGAUCAGCUUCACACCAAUGGAUCCAGACUAUCUGAAGUUUACGGGGGAAGAAGACCUACUGCCCAGCAACGAUCUGUAUCGGAAAGCAGUCGGAGAGCUGCUGUAUCUGAGCACGACGACACGACCUGAUAUCGCCUGCGCAACUGGCAUACUUUGUCGUCGAGUGAGCAGUCCGCGUCAGCGAGAUUGGGGGGCUGUGAAGAAGCUGUUCAGGUACCUGAUGCAUACUCGGGACUUUAAGCUGACCCUUACAGGUCGACAAAGCUUGGACUUGACAGGAUAUGUCGACGCAGACUGGGCCAGCAACGUCACUGACCGGAAGUCAACAAGUGGCUACAUCAUCCUGCUUGGAGAGAGCCCGGUCCAGCAGAAAACAGUCAUCUGUUGCUCUGUCGAGCACCGAAGCAGAGUACAUUUCCGCGGCUUAUGCUUCACAGGAAGUUUUGUAGCUGCGUCCAUUGUUGGAAGAUUUCGGACUAGUCAUUGA